UAGUAGUGAGGCGACAGAGUGAUUCCUGAGUGCUGACGUACAACUACUACUUUCCGACUUCAGCUGUUCCAAGUCUGGCGACAACUGAACUAUAUGUGGUGUGUUUACCUACACGGGGAGACUUGUAAAAUACAACUGAAAGGCGAUUGUUAUUGGACCUGUGUGUGUGUGUGUGAGAGAGAAUGACCGGUACAAACGGAAGGAUUUCAUGGCACUACGCGUGAAGAUGGGAAUUCCACCAAUAUGGGUGCUUGGCGCUGGCCAGACUGGAUGAGGAAGUGAGGCUGAGUGAGAAGGAGAUCACAGCUACCCAGGACUGCUGUUGGAGAGGACCUCUGGACAGGUUCCUGCAGCGUGUGUCAGGGUGGAGGUACCAGACUCAUGGAGAACCACUUCCAGACAGAGGCCUUCAACCUGGAUAAAGUGUUGGAUGACUUUGAACAGAAGCAAGAUGAGACCGACAGUCCCAGUCUGUCUGAUAAGUGGAUUCAGAUCCUGGCCCCUCCUGCCCCCCUAUCUCCGAACUGUGCCCUGGCUUUGACCCCAGACCUCGGCCCCCUCCCCUUAAAGACCCCCCUGCCCCCUGACCCGUCAUCCAGCAACCCCCAGGGGCCCAACGACAAAUGCCACCCCACCGCCGAGCCCCCACCCUGGGGAGAACUACCAGACUGCCAUGCAGAUAUGCGGAGCGCUCCGCUCCCCCAGCCCAACAUCGGCAAGCUGGUUGGGGUUGAGGUCUCGUCGGCCUCCUCUAGCCCCACUCCUUACCACCACGACUCCUCUAUCAGGCCCUCUAGUCCAGCCAGCCCUGCCCUCAACGGGCUCAGUGAAGAUCCCUGCAAGGGGAACCAGACAUGGGUGACCCCUUUAGACCACCACCAGCCCCCCACACCCUCAGACCCACGUACUGAUGCCCCUGUGGGGGAGAGGGGUGACGGAAGCUCCCACGUUAGUCACACACACUUGACCAUUGAGGAGAGGCCUGGAGGGGUUGAGGCGAUAGCAGAGAAGUUGAACUCCAAGCCAGAGACCGAGAGACCUGGUGCUUGGUCACCUGUUCAGGACAGUGGUCGGGAGGAGGACCGAGGGAGCAGGGAGGAGGACCGAGGGAGCAGGGAGGAGGACCGAGGGAGCAGGGAGGAGGACCGAGGGAGCAGGGAGGAGGAAGAGGAGGACCGAGGGAGCAGGGAGGAGGGCCAGUCUCUCUCCCCUCCUCCCUCCAAGGAGGACUCCGUGACAGAGGAGAAGGAGAUGGAGGAGAGCAACCUAGAGAACGGAGGAGGAGGAGGAGAUAGCAGUGUUCCCUCCAUACUGAACACUCGUCUGCAGCUGGUAAGUGCUCCGUUCGGUGGAGCACGUCCCAAACAACCGGUCAAACUCCAGAUCCCCUGGCCGCUAUCCGGACAGGACCAGAACCAACUAUCACCUACCGUUAACACCACCGCCGUCUGCAAGAACAAGAACCUUGAGAACCGUGCCGGUGACAUAACCAUGGAAACUGGAACCGUCGUUGCCGGGGGUGACCCUGGUGGUUGUGUCGAUGUUAACGUGGAGUUGCUAAACGGGUCGUCAUCGUUGGGCCUGGUGCUGGAGUCCGAGAGCAGCCCGGACAAUGACCUCCAGGCUGGGUGUCACCACCAGGGUGCUCUGCCCAGGAAACAGCUCUCCUCCUUGGGGGAUGUGGCCCCCGUGUGGGUCCCUGACUCCAAGGCUCCAGUCUGUAUGAAGUGUGAGAUUCGCUUCACCUUCACCAAGAGGAGGCAUCACUGCAGGGCCUGCGGAAAGGUGUUCUGUGCUGCCUGCUGCAGCCUGAGGAGCAGACUGAUUUACAUGGACAGGAAGGAGGCCAGAGUCUGUAUCACCUGUCACUCUGCCCUACUGAGUGGUCAUUCGUGGGGGGGUAUGUGUGGUGGGUCUAACCAGAGUCCUAACAACCCAGCAGAGUACUGCAGGACCAUCCCACCUCUGCAGCAGAUCCGCUCAGAGGGGUCCACAGGUUUCCACCCGCGGGAGCGGAGGAGGGUGUGGUUUGCAGAUGGAAUCCUGCCCAAUGGGGAAGCAGCGGAAUCCCCCAAGCUCCCUGCCCUCAGCCCCGCCCCCUCGCAAACAUUGGCUGUCUCACAGUGUUCCAACAAAUCCUUCACUUCUGAUUUGCGAGAGGCGUUGUCCCCUGCCCCUGCGUCCACCGUGGGAAGCCCUGUAGGCAGCUCCAUCAGUCUAAUUCCGGAGGACGGACUUCCUCCCAUCCUCAUCUCAACCGGAGUUAAAGGAGGUGUGAGGGGACACAGCACAGCAUCACCACCCUCAGACUAUACGGUGGAGGAGCGUCCCUCUGAGAUGGUUCUGAUACAGCAGCUGGAGGAGGCAGGUCCUGACCCCCUGGUGUUUGUGCUCAACGCUAACCUGCUGGCCAUGGUCAAACUGGUCAACUACGUAAACAGGAAGUGUUGGUAUGUGACCACUAAGGGGAUGCAUGCAGUGGGCCAGGCUGAGGUGGUAGUGCUGCUGCAGUGUCUACCUGACGAGAAGAGCAUCCCCAAAGACCUCUUCAGCCACUUUGUACAGCUCUACCAGGAGGCCCUCACAGGUAACGUCCUGACCCACCUGGGCCAUUCGUUCUGCACCCAGAGUUUCCUGGGCAGCAGGGAGCAUGGAGGAUUCCUCUACGUCUCCCCAUCCUUCCAGUCCCUCCAGGACCUGAUGCUCCCCAACCCCCCCUACCUGUUUGGAGUGUUGCUGCAGAAGUGGGAGACCCCCUGGGCCAAGGUGUUCCCCAUCAGACUCAUGCUGCGGCUGGGUGCAGAGUACAGAUUCUACCCCUGCCCUCUGUUCAGUGUGCGGUUCAGAAAACCCCUGUUUGGAGAGGCAGGGCACACCAUCAUGACCCUGCUGGUGGACUUCUGUAACUACCAGUACACGUUGCCCAUGGUGAAGGGUCUGGUGGUGGACAUGGAGGUGAAGAAGACCUGCAUCAAGAUCCCCAGCAACCGAUACAACGAGCUGAUGAAGGCGAUGAACAAGUCCAAUGAUCACGUCCUGGCCAUGGGAGCGUGUUUUAACGAGCUGGCCGACUCCCACCUAGUGUGUAUUCAGAACGACGACGGAAACUACCAGACACAGGCCAUCAGCAUCCACCACCAACCACGCAAAGUGACUGGCGCCUGCUUCUUUGUGUUCAGUGGUUCUCUGAAGGCAUCUUCUGGAUACCUGGCCAAGACCAGCAUUGUGGAGGAUGGUGUGAUGGUGCAGAUCACAGCAGAGACCAUGGAUGCUCUACGGCAAGCCCUCAGGGACAUGAAGGACUUUAGUAUCACCUGUGGCUGGGCAGACCAGGAGUACAGCCAGGAACACGUUCACAUACAGUGGAUAGAUGACGAUCACAACUUUUUCAAUAAGGGUGUAACUAGUCCUAUUGAUGGGAAGUCUAUGGAGUUCAGCACCAGCAUGAAAAUCUUCCACGGUUCAGAGUUCAAGGCCAAUGGGAAGGUCAUCCGCUGGACAGAGGUGUUCUUCCUACAGAGUGAGGACCAGCCCAACGGUCUGAGUGACCCUGCUGACCACAGUCGCCUGACGGAGAACGUGGCGAGGGCAUUCUGCGUGGCGCUCUGCCCACACCUCAAACUGCUGAAGGAGGAAGGCAUGGCUAAGCUGGGCCUACGGGUCACCCUCGAGUCUGACCAGGUGGGUUACCGAGCAGGAAGUAACGGCCAGCCUCUCCUCUCCCAUUACCUGAGGGACCUGGACAGUACUCUGAUCCCUGUCAUCCAUAGAGGGGCGUGUCAACUCAGCGAGGGACCUGUCGUCAUGGAGCUGGUCUUCUACAUCCUGGAAAUCCUCUCCUAGGAGAUGGAGACACCACUUAGCAACGGACCAACAUCCCAGACGCCGAUCUCCUAGUUCUCUCUCUCUUUCU